AUGCGUGAAGUCACUCCCGACUGGGAUGCGAACCCGAACUUGGACAUUUCAGCUUUCUCAGAGCUCCCAACGAAAGAUUUCGGGGUGAACCAACACAUGGUUAUCAACCAAGAAUUCAAGGAAGCACUCCGUCAAAUCCUUUGGAAAUUCCGGGCACCGAUUCGGUAUGCAUUCGCAUAUGGUUCAGGCGUUUUCCCUCAAUCAGGAAGCGCACCUGGAUCCGACGGAUGCCAUCCAUCAGCUCCCGCAGCAAUCAAGAACAUGCAGCAGGGCAAGGGAAAGAUGAUUGAUUUCAUAUUCGGAGUCUCGUAUAGUCAGCAUUGGCACUCUCUGAACCUGCAUCAGCAUCGUGAUCAUUACUCUGGAUUAGGUUCGCUGGGAUCCUACGUGGUGUCCCAAGUACAGGAUCAAUUUGGAGCUGGGGUCUAUUUCAACCCGUAUAUCACUGUCAAUGGCACUUUGAUCAAGUAUGGAGUCGUUAACCUGGAUACACUCUGCAAAGAUCUCAGUAACUGGGACACUAUGUACCUCGCGGGACGACUGCAGAAGCCCGUCAAAAUUCUCCGGGAUCAUCCGCAGGUACGCCUGGCGAAUCAGAUGAACUUGCUCUCCGCUUUACGGGUAGCCUUGUUAUUGCUCCCCGCGGAGUUCAGUGAAUUUGAACUCUAUAGUACAAUUGCCGGGUUGAGUUACAUGGGCGACAUCCGCAUGUCAUUGCCAGCCGAGGACCCCCAGAAGGUGAAGAACAUUGUCUCUGGGCAAAUGGCUAACUUCCGGCGGCUGUACGCACCGCUGAUUGAAAACCUGCCCAAUGUCGUCUUCAACGAUCCGCGGUGCACUCAACGCGACUGGAUCGAUGAUCCCGAAACCAAUGUGCGGGUUUCUCAGGACGUGGAUCCGGUGAAGCGCGGCAACAUGGUCAGCCGGCUGCCCCCAGCAUUCCGGGAAAAGCUGUACUUCCAGUACCAAGCAAGAUAUCAGAUCCCGCGGGCAGAAUUCGAGAAGAUGAAGGAGGAAAACAGCAGUAAGGAACCGGAGGCUUUCCGUCGGAGACAGGGUGGUCCGUUUGAACGGCGCAUCGCAGAUGACUCGAGCCUUAAGCACGAGGUAGAGACAUCGAUCAUGAAAACCAUCCGCUGGCCUAGCACGGUCCAAAGUGCCAAGGGGCCAGUCACUGCGGGAUUUGGCAAAUCCUGGCGAUACAUGCGGGAAAAGCAAAAGAAGUAUAAGGGUGACUACAAAGAUGAUGGGACGAAUGUUCUGCUCGAUGCCAACGAGAAUGCCUACGGUCCUGGUCUCGCCCUGAAUGCGGAGGGUGCGCUGCAGCACUCGACUGUCGAUGGGGAUGCGACUGGGUCGUCGAAGCCUGAUAUUGAUUUCCUGGGGUUAAACCGAUACCCAGACCCGCACCAGGUCGAACUGAAACAACUUUUCUGCAACGUCCGCAACACCCACGUCCACACCCAGAAGAACAUCACCCCCGAUAACCUCUUUGUCGGAGUCGGUUCGGACGAAGCCAUUGACGCCCUGCUGCGAUGUUUCUGCGUUCCUGGAAAAGACAAGAUCCUGACCUGCCCUCCCACAUACGGUAUGUACGCCGUCAGCGCCGAUGUAAACGACGUCGCCAUCGUCAAGGUCCCUCUGGACGCCGCCAAUGGGUUCCAGCUGCAGCCGGAGAAAAUCAACGAGACACUAGCGGCGGAUGAGUCGAUUAAGAUGGUGUACAUCUGCUCGCCCGGAAACCCUACCGCGAACUUGAUCCGCAAGGAGGAUGUUCAGAAGGUUCUGGAGCACCCCACGUGGAAUGGCAUUGUCGUGGUGGACGAGGCAUACAUCGAUUUCGCCCCCGAGGGCUCUAGUCUGGCUGAAUGGGUAGCCGAGUGGCCCAACCUGGUCGUCAUGCAGACACUGAGCAAGGCCUUUGGUCUGGCCGGUAUCCGUCUCGGUGUUGCAUUCACCAGCCCACCAAUUGCCCGCCUGCUUAACAGCCUCAAAGCCCCCUACAACAUCUCCAGCCCCACCAGUGCAAUCGCCCAGGCAGCCCUCUCCCCGAAAAACAUGUCCGUCAUGCGCAACUACCGCGAACAGAUCGUCACGCAGCGCGAUCGCCUGCUCGCAGAACUCCCCAAGAUCCCAGGUGUUGGUCGCUUCCUUGGUGGAUACGAUGCGAACUUUCUGCUCGUCGAGCUGUUGGACAAGCCAGAUGGACAGGCUAGUAACAAGAUUGCACUGGCUGCGUACGAGGCUAUGGCGGAGAAGAGAGGUGUCGUGGUGCGGUUCCGGGGUAAGGAGUUAGGCUGUGAGGGAGCUGUGCGGGUUACUGUUGGUACUGAGAAGGAAGUUACCAAGUUCUUGUAUGAGAUCCGGGUGGUUCUGGAGGGGCUGCACAAGGGGGCUGAUAUUGGGUCGUUGCGGGAGGAGGUGAACAAAACGGAGGCUAACUAA